AUGGCAAGCGUUGCCUCCGCAGCUGCCAAUGGCAAUGGCAGCAAGAAGAGGAGGAAGGGAACCGACUUGAAGCCGAUUGUGACAAACGAGAAUAUCAUGCAGGCAACGGACUCGAAUUCGGGGGGCACUUCUAGCCAAGGUGUGCCGGUCGCAUCCUCCCUCCCUCACCAGAAGGCCGCCUACGGAAUCCCUCUUGCCCGCUCAGACUCGUCAUCAUCUGGGGAGGAGCAAGAAACAACAGCCGACGAAGAGGACUCCGAGGAUUAUUGCAAAGGCGGCUACCACCCAGUCCAUGUAGGCGAGACAUACAACAACGGCCGGUACGUUGUCGUUCGCAAGCUGGGAUGGGGUCACUUUUCGACGGUAUGGUUGUCGCGCGACACCACAAAUGGCAAACACGUCGCAUUGAAAGUUGUGCGGUCGGCCGCACACUACACCGAGACCGCGAUCGAUGAAAUCAAACUGCUCAACAAAAUCGUCCAGGCGAAACCAAGCCAUCCCGGUCGGAAACACGUCGUUAGUCUAUUGGAUUCAUUCGAGCACAAGGGCCCUAAUGGCGUGCACGUGUGUAUGGUCUUUGAAGUGCUGGGAGAGAAUUUGCUCGGCUUGAUCAAGCGGUGGAACCACCGUGGCAUCCCCAUGCCCUUGGUCCGACAGAUCACGAAACAGGUUCUAUUGGGCUUGGAUUACCUGCAUCGGGAAUGCGGCAUCAUCCAUACCGACCUGAAGCCCGAAAAUGUCUUGAUUGAGAUUGGAGAUGUGGAGCAAAUUGUCAAGACGUACGUGAAAGAGGAGUCCAAGGCAGAGAAGGACGAUAAUCGUAAUGGCCGACGACGGAGAAGGACGCUCAUCACAGGGAGCCAGCCGCUCCCUAGUCCUUUGCACACCAGUUUCAGCCAUAUGGACCCGUUCAAGAUGAGCAGUUCCCAUAGUAGUUUGAACCAGGUAAUGAACGAAGCGGAGACCUCGAAAUCAGGACUGUCGAUGAAAGAUGCUCUGGGUAUUAAAGAAAACAUCCCUACCAUUCCAGAAGAUGAGAAGCAAAAACAACGCGAAAAGACAGCUGACCUUCUAGAAAGGGAGGUAUCCGGCAUCUCUCUAGACAAGAACACAUCCGAAUCGUCAUCCAGCCUAGAAAAGGAGGCUGACAGCGAUAUCAUUUCUGUCAAGAUUGCAGAUCUGGGUAAUGCCUGCUGGGUCGGUCAUCAUUUCACAAAUGACAUCCAAACACGCCAAUAUCGUUCACCAGAGGUUAUCCUUGGCGCGAAAUGGGGUGCUAGCACUGAUGUAUGGAGCAUGGCAUGCAUGGUCUUUGAAUUGAUCACUGGCGAUUACCUGUUUGACCCGCAAUCUGGCACAAAAUAUGGAAAAGACGACGAUCACAUCGCGCAAAUCAUCGAACUCUUGGGAGUUUUCCCCCGCUCUCUCUGCAUCUCCGGCCGAUGGUCACAGGAAAUUUUCAACCGCCGCGGUGAGCUGCGCAACAUUCACCGACUCCGACACUGGGCGCUGCCGGACGUGUUGCGCGAGAAGUACCAUUUCACAGUGGAAGAGAGCAAGCAAAUAAGCGACUUCCUCCUGCCCAUGUUGGAGCUAUUACCGGAAGACCGAGCCAACGCGGGCGGCAUGUCGAGUCAUGACUUUCUGAAAUUGACGCCCGGUAUGGCUGAUGUCGCUGAACUGGGGAUUGCGCCUGGGACGAAAGGGGAGGAUAUUGAGGGAUGGGCAUCGGAAGUCAAGCGGCGAUAG